AUGACUGAGCAAGAGACUAGCUGUGUUGUUUAUAUUGCACAUUUACCAGAUGGUUUUGAAGAGAAGGAAAUGAAGAAAGCACUUGGAGAAUUUGGAACAGUUAAAAAUGUUCAAUUAGCUCGUUCGACAAAAACUGGAAAUUCAAAGCAUUAUGGUUGGGCUGAAUUUGAUAAUCCAGAAACAGCUAAGAUCGUUGCAAAGUCUUUUAACAAUUAUCUCAUUUUUGACAAGAAAUUAGAAGCAAAAUAUCUCCCAGCAGCUCAAGUUCCACCAAAACUCUUUACAAACGCACGUACUAGACCUAAGAAGAUCAACCACGAUCAAUUACCUAAGAAAGAAUUCGCAUUGAAAUUGGCCCGCCAGGAGAAGAAGAUUAAAGCUGCAUUAGAAGCAGCUGGAAUCAAAUACGAGUGGCCAUCAUUCAUAGCACAGUUUGAUGCUAAUGGUGUUGCUAUCCCAGAUGAAGAUCCAAAAACAAACAAAACAAAUAAAGCAGAACAAUAG